AUGGGUCACCAGAAACUCUACUGGAGCCAUCCGAGAAAAUUCGGCCAGGGUUCUCUUUCUUGCAGUGUCUGUUCAAACCAGCACGGUCUGAUCGGGAAAUGCGGCCUCAACAUGUGCCACCAGAGUUUCCGUCAGUACCCGGAGGACAUAGGCUUCAUUUCGUUGGACUAA